UUAUUCUGAUAUGAUAGUAAAUAAUCACUGUGAGCACACGUUUGUAUGUUAAUUACAAAUUUAAACAAUGAGAUGCAAGAAUUGAAUUUUGUUUGUUUUAUCUCAUAAAAUGUUAUUACAAAACAUUGUAUUACAUUAAUUCAUUAGUUUCGUGAAAUUGAAAAGUAGUGCUUUUGUGAAUAUAAAAAAAAGUUAUUGUUGAAAAUAACAGUACUCAUUCUUGAUAAAAAAUACUGUACAGCAAUAUGUUUGCUUCCUUAUUUAAGUAUACAAUAAAAAUAAGACCUGUGCUGAGUACAUGUAAUAUAAAAAAUCAAAGGGCUCUGUGUUCUAAUGCUGAAGAUUAUAAGUCACCUUUAGCUGGUAUUAGAGUUUUGGAUUUAACAAGAAUCGUGGCAGGUCCCUAUUGCUCUAUGAUCCUUGGCGAUCUGGGAGCUGAAAUUUUGAAAAUAGAAAAACCUGGUAGUGGAGAUGAGGCACGAAAAUGGGGUCCCCCAUUUAUAAAAGGAACACAAGAAUCAGUUUAUUUCCUUAGUGUUAAUAGAAAUAAAAAGAGUAUAUGUAUCGAUUUGAAAGGAGGAAAAGAUAUUAUUUACGAAUUAGCGAAAAAGUCAGAUAUUUUAAUAGAAAAUUAUGUCCCUGGAAAAUUAGGAAAAUUUGGCUUGGGAUAUGAAGACAUUUGUAAAAUAGCACCACAUCUUAUAUAUUGUUCUUUGACUGGUUAUGGGUAUCAAGGUCCUUAUGCAAAUAGACCAGGAUAUGAUGUAAUCGCUGCUUCUGUAGGAGGUUUAAUGCAUAUAACAGGUCCUAAGGAUGGAUCUCCAUGUAAAGUUGGGGUAGCAGUAACUGAUUUAGCUACAGGCUUAUAUGCUCACGGUGCAAUAAUGGCAGCAUUGUAUCAAAGAAUGAAAACUAAUAAUGGACAAUGGAUCCAAUGCAAUUUAUUGUCGACGCAAAUUGCUAGUUUAAUAAAUAUUGGUUCAAACUACUUGAAUGCUAAUAAAGAGGCAGUACGGUGGGGUUCUGAGCAUGAAAGUAUUGUACCUUAUGAAGCUUUUCCUACAAAAGAUGGAUAUAUCACAGUUGGAGCGGGAAGUAAUGCACAAUUUUUAGAGUUACUUAAAAGAAUGCAGUUGAUAGAAUUAUUUGAGAAUGAUAAAUUUAAAGAUAACACUGCUCGAGUGAAAAACAGAGAUGAAUUAUUAGAAAUUCUUAGAAAACAAUUUAAAGAAAAAAGUAAUAAAGAAUGGUCAGCUAUAUUUGAUGGUGCUUCUUUUCCAUAUGGUCCAAUAAAUACAAUAGCAGAGGUUUUUGAAGAUCCGCAUGUAAAGCAUAUAAAGAUGAUACAAGAAAUGGAGCAUUCCUCAGGAGCAAAAAUUAAAGUUGUUGGGCCUCCAGUAGUCUAUAGUUAUGCCACGAAUAAAAUUAGGUUAUCACCUCCUAUGUUAGGGCAACAUACCGACGAAAUAUUAAAAAAUAUUUUGAACUAUUCAGAUGACAAAAUACAAAAUUUAAAGAAAGCUAAGAUUGUGCAGUAAAAAAAGAUCACCCUUUAAUAAUUAAAAAUUAUGCUGCAAAGAUAUGAAUUUUAUUAAAUUUUAUCGAAUUAUAAUUUUUAUAAAAUAAUCUCAUAAUAUUUAUCAUACAUUGGGUACUAUAUACAUUUUUGUAUAUAAUGUGAAAAAAAUAAAUAUAUUACUAUACAUGCUUGUACAGUUUAUUGAGUACAUAUCCCUAAUCGAUUAAAACGGUGAAA